AGGGGCUGCUUACUGUGCAAUUGUCAGAGUCAUUGCUCUUUAGGAUCAGCAAAGUAAACAGUCAGGCAACAUAUGUGUGUCCUUUUUAACUUUAAAUUGCUACAAAGAUAAAUCUAGAAACAUUGUGCGGACAAUAGGACACCAAAAAAGCUUUGUGUAACAAUCCAGCAGUUACAGUCACAAGGUGAGAAUACAGUUGUAAGCACAGUCAUUCGUGAUAUACGUAGAUAACUAGUCACUCCAUCCUCACUCCAUAACUUUGCAAACAAACUGACCAGACUAUCGACCUUCUACAAGCACAAUGUCUGCUGCCAACCAUCACGUUACCUUCGAUGGCCCUGCCCAGUGGCCUGCUGGAGGCCUGCCCCCAAUGGGAGUGAAGAGAGGAAAAGACAAAAAGAAGAACAAAGACAAGAAGAAAAAGAAGGUUGAGAUAGACAUAUCCACUCCACUGAAUGUCCGCCAUGUUGGGAUGCAGAAUAUGGACCAAUUCACCAACCCAGUGGCUGGGAGAAGCAACUUUCCCAUGGAGCAUCUGGCGACAAUGGCAGCAGAAGGACAACUAGCCCACAUCUCACCAUACGAGAGCAUCCGUAAAGUGAGGGACCUCAUUCACAAGGGGAACGUCCACACCAAGGAGAUCAUUCUCUCAAUCAGUGCUACAGAAAUCGUCAUCAAAGAUGGAUCAACCAGAACGUCACUGAAUGUGAUCCCACUGGCCUAUGUGAUAGAGGCCAAGUACAUACAGGACGGCGGUGGUAAUGUGCUGAUGGUGAGCUUCCAGGAUCCUGGCACAAACCAACCCAGAGUCCACUUCUUUCAGUGCACCAAAGCUUCGGCUGAGAUUAUUUGCAAUCAAGUGAACCAGGCGAAAAGACUUGUCCCGAACAGCCAGAGGAGUAACAAGGGUUCAAAGGUGAGGGCUGGAAUUGACCAAUCACAAGCUAUGAGAGAGAAUUGGAUUCUCGAGCAGCGGCCGUCUAGUCCACCCCCACCAUUCACACCGCCACCAUUCACACCACAACAUAUGUCACAGACAACGUACACCCCCUUCCCACCAAGUACAUAUCCACCCCCUCCACCAGGCUCACCACCUCCACCAGCUGCACAACCUCCACCCCCACCAGGUAUGCCAUUUCCUGCCGGCACAGCUUCCAGCAACAGCCCACUCCUCCCUGGAAACAAUAUGGCUGGUAGUCCACAGUCGUCAACUGGGGCAUUCCCCUAUCAGACACCGAAUUACCAGGAUGAUGGCCAUAGGAAACAGGGUGACUUCGUGAGUAGAGCCAGCUCCAAAUACGUGAGCAAUGUUCACAAGACUGGUCAUGGUGGCGGAGCAGACGGUGAGAUCAAGAGAACCAUCAAGGCUGCAAAGAUACAAAGAGACGUGGACAUUCUGAACCACGUGUUUGAUGACCUGGAGAAAUUCAUGCAGCUCCUCAAAGACAAGGCAGCAGCAUGGACAGAACUGGAGAGAAAGAGUCAGAAGUCAAGGAGAAAGAAAAAUGAUUCUGCGCUUGAGGCCCUGAAAAGGAAAGCAGACCCGCCCAAUGAGCAAGAGUUCAUUGGCACGUAUCAGAAGUGUAAGUACGGCAUCAACCAGAUCGCCAAGUUGGGUCAUCACUUGAGCUCCCCCUCCGCAGGACAGCUGGUCAAAGAGGUUUUCAAGUACAUCCAACACUUCAUUCACCUCAACAAAGGUCCCCAGCUAGCUUCCGGAGUGAUUUUGCCUCUGUUCACAAGUAGUGCUUGUAGUCUGAUGACAAGGAAACUAUCACCAAGGGAACAGGAAUUGUGGAAUCAACUGGGAAUGAACUGGAUCAUGACAAUUGACAACUGGCCCCCUACAAGGCCGCUACCACAGGAAUACAUCAUCGAGUUCACAGAUGGCUGCAUCCCUCCUAACCUCCACAACUCCUCGGACACACCUGCCAACUUCCCCACCCUGGACACCAUCCCUCGAGAGCAGAGGAGUGAGGACUACUCAGAUGUCUACGAUGGAGACCAAGUGGAGGAGUCGUCUGGUCUGAUGAUCAACCCUGCAGUGAUGGCUGCAGUGGCAUCUAAAGCAGCUAUGGUGUCCAGUCCCAUUCUACCCGCUUUUGUCCACAGGAGAUCAAGCGAUACUAGCAUCGAGAAUAAAGCAUUUGGAGGUAUCUCCACUCGCUCCCAGCAGAGCCUCAACUCAGACGGUAGUGAGCAGGACGACAGCAGGAAGAUGGCCAAGGUCCUUGUGGACUAUCAGGCGUCUGCACUGGAGGAGCUGACCAUUCGUCGUGGAGAGAAGGUUGAGGUGCUAGACGAUAGCAGGAAGUGGUGGAGAGUCAAGAACAAGCUUGGAUCUGAGGGAUUUGUACCGAUGAACCUGCUUGAAGUUAUCAUCUAUAAGAAGAGGACGAAUGAUCUGCGUCAAGCUGAUGAAGUGAUCAAUAUCCAUGGUCGCAUUGUGCCAGCUCCGCCCAAGUUCACUCCUCCAUCUGUGCCAUCUCCUAACACCAACAAGAGACAAGGACCUAACUCCGCUAAAUACUCUCCCCAGAGUCAGUCUCAGCAGCGAGGCAAGUCCCUCUACCCACAGUCACUACCCACCCUCACAGAGGUAUCAGAGUCUCGUACUUCCACCAUGUCACGUGACCAGCAACAUCUUCCACCGCCCCCCAACUUUUCACCAGCCCCGCCACCAAUGCAACGAGGCUUCGGAGCCCCACCACCUCCACCUCCACCAUUUGGAGGUGGAGCACCCCCUCCACCCCCUCCACCACCCCCUGUGCCUGUGCCCGUACAACAAAUGAGCCUGAACGAAAUGAUCAGUCAGCACAAACUAAAAACAGCUCAACAAGGCAAAUCUCAAAAGAAGAAGCUCAACAAUGUUCCUGAGAAUGGAAUUGAUAUUGCUGCAGCCAUAAAGUCAAGAAAGCCUCUUCGGAAAACAUCAAGCAACAUUAAACUAGAAGGUGUGCCUGAGUCGCCUGCACAAGCUGAAAUUGAGACCAGGUUCAAAGCAAUGAAUCUCUCGUCUGGUAACCCUAAAGAGGAUAAUGAUGGAGGGUAUGCAGUUCUUCCGUGGAAGGCAGACACGGCUCAAAUCAAACAAUGGCUACUGAAGAACGGAUACCCGAAGUGUGCUGACAAGGUAAAUGUUAAGUCAGGUGAGGGUCUCUACCAGAAGAACAGAGAUGAGCUGAAAAACCUGUUUGGAAUGAGUGACGGAACAAGACUGUUCAGUCACAUGCAGAAGGACAAAGCAAGGGCUGAAAGAGAAGGAGGAGCUGUCAAACAGUCAGAAUUCCAAAAACUGAUGUUGUCCCGCAAGGUAGCUGCCGAUGCUGGACAGAACAACGAGCCGACCAUUACCAGAGGCUGGGGGAAGGGGUCGUCACAAGUACAAGACGAUUCUGCACCACCAAAGCCGACAUGGCAGGAAGAAAUGGCCAGACGAAGGGGCAACAAACUCACAGAGAAGGAGACUGUGUUGGACGAUACAAUGCCUCGAGGGAGAGACCGCCUUAGGCGAAAAGACACACUCGAUACGAGAUCGAAAAACGAUACGAGAAGACGAGAUGAUGACCGUGGAAGCAGGAAGGAACGAUCUAGACGUGACUCAGAUAGAUAUGAUGAUGAUGAUCAUGGCAAACGUGGUCGCUCACGAAAGGCAAGUCGUAAAACCGGCAAUUCAGAUAAUGAGGGGUAUAGGACCAGACGUAGGGGGCGUGGCAAAAGGGACGCCUCUAGUGAUUAUGACUCAGACUAUGAAGACAAGCGUAAGCAGAGAAGAAGACAGGGCAAACGUCGUGGACCCACUAACAUUGAUGAUUUUGAUGAAGAUGAUUACAGUGAUUCAGAUUCGUAUAGUAGCGAUUACUCUGGCUCAAGUUCUGGGAGUGACAGUGAUGACAGUCGAAGAAGGAGAAAACGCAAGAAUCGAUCUAGCUCUAGUGUGUCAGACCUCACAGGCACGGCUUGGGCUCUUAGUGGUGAAAAGGGAUCCCUCGAUAACAUCGGCCAACGGAUCAAGCAGCAACAAGCCGAGAUAAAGAAGCAACUAGCUGCCCUCACACAGCUACAAAGUCAGACCGGAGUUAAGGCACUCCCCCCACAACACCAAACGGUCCUCCAGAAAGACUUGGAGAAGUUGGAACAGCUACAAGCCAAGCUACGCCACAAGCAGGGUGAUCAAAACCUUCAAAUGCAACUCCUUGGCCAGCAAUUGCUCCUUUGUGAGCACUUGAAGGAAGCGCAGCAGGUGAUCGUUCCUGGUAUGGGACCGAGCCCGCCAGGACAGAACAUUCAAAUGCAAAUGAUUCAGCAACAACAGCAAGCUUUCGCUCAACAGCAGAGACAGCUCAUGUUCGGACAGAUGCAAGCGGAACAACAACGACAGAUGAUGCUGGCUGCCGAGCAACAGAGACAGAUGCAGAUGGGACUCAUGCCAAGCACACCAUUCGCUAGUCCACAGCAGUCAUUUGGGAUGGGAGGAGGAAUGCCUCAGAUGUACAGUCCGUUCGCAGGAACUGUAGGAUACUUUUAGUAACAGUUACGUAGCUACCGCUUAAUAUUAUGAACCAACUUCACAAUUAUUCUAACUCACAUUACAAUAUUUAUUACAUGAGUUGCUUUGCACCCAC